AUGGAAGAGCUUAUUUGUCCGUAAUGCCGUAAUAUAUUCAAUGAAUUCGAGAAUAUUCCUUUAAUGUUACCUGAUUGUGGACAUACGAUCUGUUAAAAAUGCAUAAAAUAGAUGUUGAUGAGUGCUGAUGGUUAGCAGAUAUGUUGUCCUGAGGAUAAGUAAUUCUGACAAUGAGAUAUAUAAAGUAUUCUUGCAAAGGGGAAGACACAUAUAACAGAGUUUCCAAAGAAUUGCUAACUUUUAAAAAUGGUUGUGAAGUAAAGACCAUCAAUAGAUCAUCCAGAAUAUUAGUUACAUUUGAAUAAUUUGGCUUAAGAGAAGAUUGAAUUAUGUGCAGAACAUUUGGAGAAGUUAGAGAUAGUAUGUUUGACUGAUAAGAUUCGAAUAUGUACUAAAUGUGCUUUAUUUGGUAAUCACAGACAUCACGAGGUUCGUUCAGUUGAUGAUGUAGUUAGAGAGAUUGCUUCGAAAGCUGAGAAUAUCAUGUAGACUUAUUAGAAAAUCUUGGAUAAAUAAUAAGAGUUGACAGAAUCUAAGUUUUAUGAGUCAUUGAAUGAAAAAUAUUAGAUUAUGUUGUAAGAAAGUCAAAUGGCAGUAAGAGAGAAAUUUAAAGAAUUGCAUAAUCAGUUGGAUAUUAAAGAGAAUAAAUUAUUGGAAUAAUUGAAUGGUUUAACAUAAACUUUGGAAUAACAAACUAAAAGAUAGAUCAAGGAUUAAAUUUAAUAAAGUUUAUAAUAAGCAGAAUUAUGGAAGAUAGGAGCAAAAGAUAGAUUACUUUAUUUUUCUACUAAGACUGAAAAUGGUGAAUUACCAUUAGAUUUACUAUAUAAUUAAGAAUUUAAAGGGAAUGCUAUAUUAGAUGAAAUGGAUAGAACUAAUAAAAUGUUGGAAUAAAGAAUUAAUAAUGUGAAAAUUAAGAAAAUUAGAGUAGAUUUUAAGAAAAAUGAGAUAGAAAAGUGUUUCGAAUCUAUGUGUGCAUUAACAUUGUAAACUAAUCAUAAUGAAACAAAUCAUGUAGAAAAUAGUUUUAGUAAAUUUGAUUAAGAAGAACCUUUACUUUUAAGAGAUAAUUCUGUAGCUGAUUGGACAGAUAAUGAAGAUAAUUUGAUUUCUUAAGUUAAUCAUGUAGUAUCAAAUUCAAUGCAUGAAUUAAAAUAGACAUCAUAAUUAUAAUAAGCUAAAAGUCCUGUUAGAACAGAACCAUCUAUUCAUAGUUUGUAAUCAACAACUCCUUUGAAAUAGUUAAAAUAAAAGAGUCCUAGUAAAGAUGCUACUUAUAAUUCAUCUUUAUAACCACCUCCUCCUGUUUCUUUGUUGAGAUAAGGGAUAUCUCCUACACCUAAAUUACAAGAUAAAAGAAAGAAGACUUUUAAAAUUAAUGAUAAAUUUGAACCUAUCAUGCAGGCUUUUCGAAAUGAUAAUUUAGAAAUUGUAGAUUUAUCUAAUGCAGGUAAGAUAUAAUUUUUUAUUAUUUAAGAAUUGGGAGAUGAGGGUUGUAAUAUUAUUGCAGAAUAAUUGAAAAUAUGUAAAAAAGUUAAAUAAUUGAAAUUAGCAAGAAAUAAGAUUAGUGAUGAUGGUGCUAAUAUUAUAUUAUAGGCUUUAACUUAGAAUGCAAAUAUAACAUCUUUACAUCUUUCUUCAAAUUUGAUUUCAGAAAGAAUACUUGAUAUCAUUCUUAAUAUAAUUAAGAUUGGACAACUACCAAAAAAUAUUUAUUUAUCACAGACUCUAAUUAAUGCUACAAAAGCUAAAAAAAGAAUUGAAGAAUUAAAGAAAUUAGGAUAUAUAGUGAAUAUUUGA